AUGGGUGAAACACAAGAGACAAUAAUCUGGGAAGGAACUACUUGGCCACUCUUCAUAUGUUCACCAAUAUGUUGUUCAAGCAAAAAGUGGAAGAUAACCAACAGAAGAGUAGAUUGUAUAAGUGGAUGUUGUGGUUCGAGUGAAGAUACCUUGGACAUCCGCAGAAUAACCGACAUUCAAUUUAAAAGAAACUGUGGACAAAUGAUAUUUAAUCGAGGAACUCUGAUAAUAUUUUCCGCGUAUGUAGAUACCACUACUCCAGUAAUAAAAAUUGAAAGUUGGGGAAUGAGAAAAGUGUAUAGAAGCUUGAAGGAACAUUGGAGUCAAUCAAAGACUGAAGAUAAAUCACAGUAUAAUGUUGUGCUGGUGAUAUCGUUAGAUCCAACUGAAAUAACUCUUCCACCUUCAAAUAUUCAAACUGGCAUCUCUUCCAAUCGAACUUCCAUCUUCCUUGCUUCUAAUGAUGAAAAAGUUUUCAUUAAGGAAGAUUUUCCUCAAAUCAGUGAAAAUAAAAGUGACGAUAAUGAUGACCCAAAAAAUUGGUCAAGAAAGCGUAAAAGCUUUAUUAUAUUUAUUAUUUCGUCUGCAGGUCUAAUUGCUCCAUUUUCAAGCACGUAA